CUUUAAAAACAUUUUUACCUUUUUAAUUCUUUUUUCCCUAUUUAGUCAUUCUUCUUUUUUACUUUAACAAAUUUGCCCCACAUUUCUGAGCAUUUUAUCUCCUUGAGCUCCCGUUGAAGAUGUCCGAGUCGUCUGUCCGGUUGACAUGGACAUUUCACUGGACGCUGGGUGUCGUCAGCGUGCUCACGCUGCUAAACUCAGCCGGGUUCAUGCUGCUCCUUCUCCAGACCCGAGAGUUUGGAAAUAGGAUGGAUGAAGUAGAAUCUCAUCUGGAGGAAAUCUCUCAGAGCUCAGUGGUGGAGUUCAUGACGGAGAUGAGCAAAAAUCAGCAGGAGGUCCAGGAAGAUCUGCCCCAGUACUCCAGAAAUAAGAGGAGUCAGGAACUGAAGGAAGCUCAGACUUUGGAGCAGAAACUUCAACUGGAACUGGAGGAGAAACUGGAUGAGGUUUCAGGAGACGGAAUUGUAGAGGAAUUGCUGAGGACCAAGGAGAAGAACAUCCAAGAGGGUCCUGAUUUCUAUCACAGGACGGUGCAGCAUGAUGGGUUGAUGAUGAUGAUGACGUACUCCAUGGUGCCGGUAAAAGUCCUACUAGACAUCUGUAACAGCACUAAAGGAGUUUGUCUCACUGGUCCUCCCGGACCACCAGGGUUGCCAGGUGUGAAUGGAAAGCCAGGGCACAACGGGACAGACGGAAUUCCUGGUUUGCCAGGAGAACCUGGAGAGCCUGGUAAACGAGGAAAAAGAGGUGAAAAAGGUGAGCCAGGUGAGCCAGGUGUGAAAGGUGACCCGGGACCACCUGGAGAAAAGGGAGAACCAUCUAACGAUGUAAUUGUAGAAGGUCCUCCUGGCCCCGGGGGACCCCCUGGACCUCCAGGUCCGAUUGGCCCACCCGGACUACCAGGACCACCCGGACCACCGAGACCAGCCCGAAACAAAAGCCAGAGAGCUCACCUGCACACGGGUCAUGCAGCUGAAGGUUUAAUUCAUGCAGUUUCAAAUGAUCAUAUGAUGAGUCAAGGACCAGUGACCCGGGGAAAGACAUCGAAAAAGGAGUGCAUUAUCAAGUCAGUAAAGGAACCGAUGAACCUGGCAAAGAUGGAGACUACAUUUGGCGCCUGGAUGAAAGACACAGGAGUGGGAGAUGAUGAGAAGAUCUGGGUAGCAGAACAUUUCUCAGGUCGUGCUAUAAAGGAGUUCAGCAGCAUCAUGGCCUGGCAGGACAGCAGCAGUCAGUCCAUCGAGUUGAAGAACUUUUUCCAAGGUUGCGGACAUUUAGUUCACAACAACUCCAUUUAUUACCACAUCGCUGGAACCUACAGCAUCGCCAAGUAUAACCUCGCAACUAAGAAGUUGCACACACUGGCCAUAGAGAACGCUUUGUACCACAGCCUGUCCUACCUGCUCCGCAACUCAAAGACAUACUUCAAAAUGGCAGCAGACGAAAGUGGCUUGUGGCUCAUCUUCGCUUCAAGCAUUGACGAGAACAUCAUGGUAGCGCAACUGGACGAGAAAACGUUCUCCAUAACGACGUACAUCAACACCAGCUACCCAAGAAGCAAAGCUGGAAACGCCUUCAUCGCGUGUGGCGUCCUCUAUGUCACCGAUGAUAAAGACACCAGAGUGACCUACGCCUUCGAUCUCCUCAAACAAAAACCUCUCAAUGUUAGCUUCGACCUCUGGACUCCGGCUAGCAUGCUAGCCAUGAUGUCUUACAAUCCUAAAGACAGGCAUUUAUAUGUUUGGGAAAGCAGACGUGUCAAAUCCUACAAGGUCCAUUUUCUUUCUGAUGACUAAUGUCACUUUUUAUAGUUGAAGAAAAAAAAAGAUUGAGAGUUCAAGGAGAUUGGUUUCCUUUACAAAUUAAAUACUCAACUAAUAUAGUGUUUGUGUCCUUUCCUUUUAUCAUUAAUUUUUCCUAAUUUGUUUUAUUGCAAGACAACUACCAGUGAAUACAGAAAGUUAUUUUUUUAAUUUAAUAAACAUCUAACCAGUCAACACAGAGGAAUGCUGAUUUUUUUUUAUAUGACAUGAUUUUAAAAAUAAACUUCUCUUUAGGAAAAUAAAGCUUUGUUAAAUGAACCAUUCAUAAUUAUAACUUUAUACAACCAAAUCUUUAUUUAAAGAUUUUCAGCUAGAAUGACAUUACAGAAUAAAUGUUUAUUUUACUGUGAAGAUGCUGU